AUUGAUCAGCCUGAGGCCGAUCAUCGUACAAAAAGACCACCACCUUUUAGACUCCUUACAAAGAAGCAGCCGACUUCCAUUAUGUGUAUGGUCUGGCCGACUGCUGUUUGGGAGACUCGCCAACAAAGAAUACUUUCCGGAUCCGGUCGAUAUGUCCACCGCGUAUAUCAUAAGAGGGUAAGAUCAAGUAUGUGUCUCCUGUUUAACAUAACAGAGACCAUUACCUCCUGAGCACAAACGCAGCACAGUAUGGUGGCAUCUAGAUGGAGAACAGAAUCACAGCGCGAGAGGCGCCAGCGCAAUGGCGACAGGGCAAAUUCUCCACCGAACCCUUAUGGCCACAACCCCAGGAAUGGGCUGCUACCUAAUAGCCGUCCUCAGACACAGCCCCCUAGGCCACUUGGUGGUCUUGCACAGUGGCCCCGCCCGGUGGCUGCCACCGUGUCGAACAUGGUCCCUCAAGCGAGACCACAUGACGAUCUUGGAGUUGCAGCUGACCCACCGAGAACAAACAGCAAACGAGUUCGGGAGGAAGACACCGAUGACAUGGAUGUGUUGCUCACAGCAAGACUCGAGCUCAAAGACGGUCGUAAUAUCAGACGCAACGAAAACCAAGUCAAGAAGCUUAAACAACAUAAAGACAUUGCAAAAGUGACUCUGGAAGACUACAGCACGGAGCCUGCAAAAGAGAUUGCCACGUACCGCUCUAUACCCAUAAAGGGAAAAAUCAAGAGACGCAAAAAAUAGAGCCGGGACUUGGCCUGAAGAAGUUGAAGUCCCAAGAAACUCGACUCAAAGAGCUCAUACCAGUUAGAUGUCACGACAAGGCAAGCUGGAAAAACUAGGACUUAGCAAAGUACAACGGGUCGCCUUUGAAUUUACUCAGGUCCGCAGACAAGGGAUCCAGAUUGGCCGACGGCUGUUUCGCAGACAUUAGUCGCACCAUAGCU